AUGCAGCUUGAGCUUGUAGCAGUUGACGACUUGACAUCGUCCUCACAAACAAAAGUUCGGCUCAUGCAUGGCUACGAGUCCACCAGUAGCCUUCUCAAUGCCCCGCGACGAGCGGAACUCUUACGCCAACGUAAUUGUGUGGCAUUUGAUCAUCAGACGAUUGAGCUGCGUCAGGCCUUUCGAACUGCCCCUGAGCCGGUUACAGUCGAGCUGCCGCGUCGGGAUUCCAACCCCAGUUCCAUUUUACGCACUCGAUCAACGUCGGCUGAUAGAGGGAGCUUUAGUAUUGCACGAGGGAUGGAGUGUGGCGCUACUAGGAAUGAGGAUAAUGAGAAGAAGCAGUUGAUGAUGAAGAAGAAGAAGAAAGUCUCGUUUGUACAGACAGAGCCAGAGCAGGAGCUCGAGCAGAGUCUUUCGGCCAGCUCUGGAGAUCAAUGUAGCUGCUGGGGCUUGACACUGACGGAUACUAUCAAAGACAUGCCGUCCCCGAUUCACGCGGCCUGCAGACGAGCAGAAUUGCAGACGCUCAAGCAUUUAUUGAGCUUUUACUUUGGUGCCGACUUGAUAAAGCUCGUGAAUUCCAGUUGCGCGUGUGGUCGGACGCCACUGGAAGUGGCUUGUGAGACAGGCAACACGAAGAUUGUCAAGCUGCUGCUCAAGCGCCACGCAGACCCGAACGGAACAGGAAGUGCAACACCGGGAGCGAGACAGACACUGUCUAGCCACAUUCGCAACCACAGGAGACGUAGUAUUGAUCCUAUGCUUGCACGCAAGCGAAGGCGACAUACUUGUUUUGGGAUAGCCUGUCAGAACCGCAAGUCAGAUAUUUUGGAGCUGUUGAUGCAAUACGGUGCUCGGAUUGAUGAGGAUGCACUAGUGAUGGCUGCGAGCUGCGGACACGAGGAUGUGAUUCGCACAUUGGUGAGCUUUGCCAAUGCAGAUGCCAAGAAGAAGAUUAGCCCGGUACACCAGCUUUUCUACAAGAAGGGGGCGGAGGCGAAUGAACGCACGUACGUGCCUCUGAUCUCUAGCUCGUCGAUGCAAAAGGCAUGCUCGGCAGCAGUAGUAGAACACAAGGAAUUGGUUCGGGUAUUACUAGGCGACGGCAAGAACGCCACUUCCAGGAAGAACGUUGUGAAGUGCGCAUUUGACGCCGUGAAUGUGGCAGAUUACCGCUUGCUCAAGUGCCUGAUUACGAUGUACGACACCCGAUAUCUGCUAGAUGCGCGCGACAAAACCUCACAUAGCUCGCUCUUGCAUGCGGCGGUGAAAAGUGGUAGUGCUAAGACAGUUCUGCUUUUGAUCAAGAUGGGUGCCGAUGUGCACGCACAAGAUGGUAGUGGCAUUCCGCCGCUGUACUUGGCCUGUGCUCGUGGCCAAGAGGUUGUGGUUCACACUCUUUUGAAGAAGAAAGCCAAGUGUUUGGCCGUUGGACCGAGUGGUGAGACCCCGCUUCACAUUGCCGCCCAAGAGAAUCAGCUUGCAUGUGUGAAGCUGCUACUUGAGGUUGGCAAAGUCUCAGUAGACGACAUGACACAUGAUCGGUGCACGGCGCUUCAUUUGGCGUCUCAGCGCGGAAACACAGCGGUUGCCACCUGCCUGCUGGAUCAUGGAGCUAACGUGGAUGCCAUGACGGUGGAUAAUGAGACACCACUGCUCAAAGCCAGCCGCAUGAGCCAGUUCCAGACCGUCAAACUGCUUCUCUCGCGUAAUGCCAGCGCACAGCCCAUGCUGACGUCAAGCACGUCGGAGCUUAAUUUGGUGGCUGGUGGUGGUGCAUCUUUUGAGUCGUCUUCAUCGAUCUCACCCCGUUCGGGGGCACAGUUGUCUCGGAGUCGAUCGUGGACAUCAUUAGGCAACAGCAUACACCGGAAAAGCAGCAAGGGCAGCGAGCGUAUCAUCACUACCAAGUCUAACACGCACACGUCGUUCAAGCACUGGCUUCGCUCUAAGCUGCUCAACUAA